AUGUUGGACCACGGCGCCGUGAAUCAGUACACGAACGCGGCAUCCCCGAGAGUCGCGGCUAAAUGGACGUUCUCGUAUACUAGUUCUGGGUGUUUAAAGUCUUGUGAAACCCUCUCGAGGACAAGAAAGACAACGGAGUCUAGGCUUUCGGAGGAAGCGGGUGGCCCGUACGCAAGGAAGCAUUCCUUUUUCUCGCCGCCAGCCAUCCGACCUGUGCGUCUAGCUCCGCCUCCCUUGCCACGCCUGAAUUUGAAAGCAAUGACAAAUCCAAGGAGAACGGCGCUUUCUCGUCUCCGCACCCCGCACCGCUGCUGGCCUCUAGGACCGCCGCCCGCCACAGGCGCCUACAUGAACGCACGACGCGCAGUCUAA